AUGGCUCAAAUUCUUUCAAACGCAGAAGAAAAUACUCUUGUACAAUGGAUUUCACGACUUACCAUCACUGGAUUCCUUGCUACACCUAUGUUGGUGAAGGAAAUAGCCGACGAAAUUCGUCUUCGAUGCAUUCAGAUCGCGUCAUCUCGAAUUCCUACCUCGACAGAAAUUCCACCUAUAGGCCACGAAUGGAUCUAUAGAUUCCAAAAACGAUAUCCAGAACUUAAAACAUGCUAUUCAUAUCAAUUAGAGUCUAAUCAGAUUAAAAAGACAACUCCAGAGAAUAUUCAGGCUUGGUUUGAUAUGUUUCGUAUAUGUUUCAUUGAACGAAAGUAUGAAUUAGAUGAUAUAUAUAAUAUGGACGAAACUGGAUUUGGAGUUGAAAAAUCCAAGAAAGUGUCAGGUGACCGACCUCGACUUUUGAUCAUGGAUGGCCAUUCAAAUCAUAUUACAAGCAGCUUUAUUGCUUUCUAUAUAGAGAAGGAAAUCGAUUUACUUAUAUUACCUCCUCAUUGCUCCCACUUGCUUCAACCACUUAAUAUUGCGGUGUAUGGGCCAAUAAAACGAUAUCAUACUUUAAAGGUCGAUCAAUAUUCUCGAAUUGGUGUAAAGCGAAUUCAAAGAGUUGAAUGGGUAGAACUCUUUCAAAAUAUUAGAAAAAAACUCGCUGAUGCUCAGGAAGUAAUUGAGACUCGAAAGAAGAGAACUAAAGGCAAAAGAGUCAAAUUACAAGGUCAAUUUGUCUUUAGUAGUGAGGAAGUACUGAAAAUGGUACAUGAGGCGGAGGAAAAACCGAAGGAGAAAAAGCCACGAGGGCGACCACGUAAACGUCCAAUUGAAGAAUUAGAAGAGGAGACUGAAGAAGAAGAGCCAGAGAGUAGUUCAAGUGAUUUAGAGUUGGAAUUGGAUGAAUGUGUAGCUCGUAGAACAAGAUCACAUAGAGAGAAUUGA